CUAUAUACAACAAUAAUACGAUACGAUAGAGACAAUGGAUGAUAUGGUCACGUAAUACACAUAUACCCACAUUUGCACAAUAUUCAACCUACAAUUGUGAAUUCGAUUAUAGAGAUAGAACAAUUAAUUCACACAAAGUGUAGAUAAUACACACUUUGUGAAACUUAGAAUGGAAAUCAUCAGCAAUGGUAUUUCAAGAUUUCACUUUGAUAUAGAUUAUGAAGAAGAUAAAUCUAAAAUCUUUCAAUUCAAUUAAUCAAUAAGAAAAAAAAACCUCUGUUCAAACAAAUAACUUUGACAAUCAGGUUCAUUUCAGUUAGUCAGUCAGCUACAACGUAGAACCAGGCAUAUAUGUUCAUUAGUUCAAGUUGCUAUAUCUCAUUAGGACAACAAGAUGAACACCAGAUUCAUAGAAGUAGUUAAUUCAAUGAUGGUGUAAUAUAUAAAAGAAAGAAUGCAUAUAAGGAUAUGGUACAGGAAGAAAGAAACUUCAUUUAACUUUAUGUCUAUCAGAGUCAAAGUAGUUCAAUAUGAAAUCGUACUACCAUCGUUUAACUUGAUAAUGAGCACUGAAUAGAUUAUUUAUAGUAAUAAAUAAUAAUAUAUUUGCAAUAUCUCAACUGCAUUCUUGAUAUAAGUAUGGGAUUGUGAAGAAUUCCAUGGGCGUAAUCGUGAUUAUUACUGAUGCAUUACUAUGGAAACCAAAACGAAUUCCCUUUUUAGUUUCAUACAUUCCUUGUUGUAUGUUUAUUAGUAUAUACAUUGCAUACUUAGAGAUAACAAAUUCAUUAAAUGAUUAUAUAGAAUUACCAAAUUCUGAUAUACUAUCAAUUCUAUAUCGUUUUCUAUACUAUUUAUUACUAUGGUUAAUAAUCACCAUAUUCAAUGUAUUCAGUUAUGGAUUAAUUCGUUUACUUCAUUUAAAGAAAAAAAACCAACAAAUGAACUAUUAACAACUUCAUCAUAGUUUACUAUG